CUCUCCUUUUUAUUUUCCGUUCCCUGUCCCAGCUGCCGGAGCCCGUAGGGCUGGGCCGCGUCUUUAACGUCAAGGCGUCAGGCGGAGUUGAUGCUUUUGUCUUCUAUUUUCAAUCCGGCCGUUAAACGAGGGAGCGCCACUUCCCAGUGACAGAAGGAGAAAAGAGAGAGAGAGAGAGAGAGAGAGAGAGAGAGAGGGUGUGUUUUUACAGCGUCCUCUGCGACUAUGCAGCAACGCGGUGUUUCCGUCAGAGAGCUAUCCGGUGUCCCGGAGUCAUGCCAACGCUGGGAAUCAUAAAUCCCGGCAAUGUGGUGAGAGAGGGCAGCCAGCCUGCGAGCGUGUGACAGUGUGACCGACCCGGAUUUAGUGUGCUCGUGUCCCCGGCUGGCUCGCCUCCUGGAUGCCGGUCGCUAUGGAGAAGCGCGAGUCCGCCAGCAGUAGCCCUGUGGUGCGCCAAAUCGACAAGCAGUUCCUGGUGUGUAGCAUUUGCCUGGACCACUACCACAACCCCAAGGUGUUACCCUGUCUGCACACCUUCUGUGAACGCUGCCUACAGAACUACAUCCCCCCACAGUCCCUGACGCUGUCCUGCCCCGUCUGCCGCCAGACCUCCAUCCUGCCCGAGAAGGGUGUAGCAGCCCUUCAGAACAACUUCUUCAUCACCAACCUGAUGGAGGUGCUCCAGCGGGACCCAGAGUGUUCACGGCCUGAGGCCUGCAGCGUGCUGGAGUCAGUCAGUGCCGCUGCUGCCGGCAAGCCCCUGUGCUGCCCCAACCACGAGGGCAAGGUGAUGGAGUUCUACUGUGAGUCAUGUGAGACGGCGAUGUGCCUGGAGUGCACGGAGGGGGAACACAGGGAGCACGAGACGGUGCCCCUGAGGGACGUGCUGGAGCAGCACAAGGCCGCACUGAAGGAGCAGCUGGACGCCAUCCGUAACAGGCUUCCCCAGUUGACGGCGGCUAUUGAGCUGGUGAGCGAGAUCUCCAAGCAGUUGACGGAGCGCAAGAACGAGGCCGUGAGUGAGAUCAACAGCAGCUUCGCUGAGCUGGAGCGGGCGCUGCAGCUGCGCAGGACGGCGCUCGUCACCGACCUGGAGAGCAUGUGCAGCACCAAGCAGAAGGUGCUGCAGGCUCAGCUCGCCUCACUGCUGCAGGGGAAGGAGCACAUCCAGAGCAGCUGCAGCUUCACGGAGCAGGCGCUGAGUCACGGCAGUGCCACUGAAGUGCUGCUGGUGCAGAAGCAGAUGAGCGAGCGGGUCAGCGCCCUGGCCCGGCACGACUUCCCGGAGCAGCCAUACGAGAACGCUCACCUGGCCUCCGUGGUGGAGACAGAGGGCGUCCGGCGCUCUAUCCAGAACCUGGGUGUGGUGCUCACCACUAGUGCCGUGAGCCACACCAGCGUGGCGGCGGGUGAGGGGCUACGUCACGCUGUGGUGGGCCAGCCAGUGACAGUCACCGUGACGACUAAGGAUAAGGAUGGCGAGUUGGUGCGAACGGGCAAUGCAGAAUUACGGGUAGAGCUGCAGGGGCCAGACGGAGUGCGUGUACAGGCCGACGUGCUGGAUAACCGCAACGGCACGUAUGAGGUGGCGUAUACGCUGCGCACCGAGGGCGAGUUCUCCUUCUCGUUGCUGCUGUAUGGCCGGCCUGUUCGAGGUAGCCCCUUCCGGCUGCGCGCUGUCAAGCCCUCCGAUAUCCCGGCGUCGCCUGACGACGUCAAGCGGCGUGUCAAGUCUCCCAGCGGCGGUGGUGGGGGCCACGUGCGGCAGAAAGCGGUGCGUCGGCCCUCCAGCAUGUACAGCACCAGCAAGAAAAAGGAGAACCCCAUCGAAGACGAGCUCAUCUACAGAGUGGGAGGUCGAGGGAGAGAUAAGGGGGAAUUCACCAACCUGCAAGGCAUCUCAGCCUCCAGCAAUGGCAGGGUGGUGGUGGCCGACAGUAACAACCAGUGCAUCCAGGUGUUCUCCAACGACGGCCAGUUCAAGCUUAGGUUUGGGGUCAGAGGCCGGUCCCCCGGGCAGCUGCAGCGGCCAACGGGCGUCACCGUGGACACCAACGGUGACAUCAUCGUGGCCGACUACGAUAACAGAUGGGUCAGCAUCUUCACGUCCGAUGGGAAGUUCAAGAGUAAAAUCGGAGCGGGCCGGCUGAUGGGUCCCAAGGGCGUGGCUGUGGACCGCAAUGGCCACAUCAUCACCGUCGACAACAAAGCCUGCUGUGUCUUCAUCUUCCAGGCCAACGGGAAGCUGGUGACCAAGUUUGGGGCCAAAGGGACCGCAGACAGGCAGUUUACAGAAAAAGGUGUUGUGAACACGCCGGCAGAGCACAAGCCUGGGAAGUCGAGCCCUGCCUUUAGUCCACAUUUCGUAGCAGUGAACAACAAGAACGAAAUAGUGGUGACGGACUUUCACAAUCACUCUGUUAAGGUGUUCAGUGCUGACGGGGAGUUCCUAUUCAAGUUUGGUUCCCACGGCGAGGGGAAUGGGCAAUUCAAUGCCCCCACAGGUGUAGCAGUCGAUGGCAACGGGAACAUCAUUGUCGCAGACUGGGGGAACAGCAGAAUACAGGUGUUCGACAGCUCAGGUUCCUUCCUGUCCUACAUCAACACGAGCGCGGACCCCCUGUAUGGGCCCCAGGGCCUGGCCCUCACGUCGGACGGGCACGUGGUGGUUGCAGACUCGGGGAACCACUGCUUCAAGGUCUACCGCUAUCUGCAGUAGUGGAGCCCCAUCCUUCCUGCAGUAGAGGAGCUCCACCCCUUCCUGCAGUAGAGGAGCCCUGCCCCUUCCUGUAGAAGUGGAGCCCCGCCCCUUCCUGCAGUAGAGGAGCCACGCCCUUUCCUGCAGUAGCGGUGCCCUUCCCCUUCCUGCAAUUAAGGAGCCCUGCCCCCUUCCUGUAGUAGAGGAGCCCCACCCCUUCCUGCAUUAGAGGAGUCCCGCCCCUUCCUGCAGUAGAAGAGCCCCACCCCUUCCUGCAGUAGAGGAGUCCCGCCCCUUCCUGCAGUAGAAGAGCCCCACCCCUUCCUGCAGUAGAGGAUUCUUGCAGCAGAACAGCAGCAUCCCUUCCUAUUUUUCCUUCCCCGUGUUGCACAUCAGAGAUCGAGCUCCGGUUCUUGCCGGAAGGGGAAGAAUAGUCGAAUGACCCCCGCCUCACGGCACAUGUGGGGCUGAAAACCAGCUGAGCGAUGAUUAGCUUGGCUCUCUACCAUGCAGAACCAAGAAACUGACAUCAAAGUGUUUCUAGAAAUUUCUGGCCACCUGUCCCUACCAGGUGUAAACCAAGAAGCACUAUCGAGUUCUGUUUUUUCACAGCACAGUGUUUUUCCAAAUGUAUUUACAUCCAGCAGGAAUAUAUCUUUAUUUAUUUGAUUGUUUGUCCAGGUUCUGGAGGUCAAAGAGGCAAACUCACCCCUCACCUCAGAUUCUGGGAUGUGAGAAUGACGGCGAGACGGCGCUUUGCUUCUCUGUCCUUUAAUAUUAAUCACAUCAAAAAUAUAUCUGCCACAAUAAGCCAUCUUGCAUAUGACAGCAACACCAUUUGUGCAUUUAGUUUUAUAUCAUAUUUAUAUACAUAUUUUUGUGUAUAUUCUGUAAAUGGAAUUGUUUUCAGAAGCUCUGCAUACAUUUUUUUCUUUUUUCGCAGGCUGUUAUCAUACAAGCGUGAUAGCAUUUCUGCAUUUCAAGCAGGUCUGGAUUAACCCCGCAGGGGUAAAACGGCAUUCUAAGAACUGCAUAUUAUUUAUUGCUGUUUAUAUGUGUGUAUGUGUGUGUUCAUGUGCAUAUGUGUUAAUUUGAAAAAAGAAAAAUAUGAAGGUAAUUGUUCUUAAUUUAUUUCAUUUCUUUAUCAUUCUAAAUUAAUUUUUUUGUGACGUUGAGUUGCGUCGUAUUCCUGCCAAACCGUAAGUACAAGCCUUUACGUAACACUGCUGGCUGUCAGUGGCUAUAAGAUAUACCUGGAAUAAACUGGAAGAAAUGGACUUUACCCGAAUUUGUUUGCCAAAAUGACAAAAUGGAUUGUUGUACAACAUAAUUCGAGGUUCACUGAGGGGGGACUGUAACAUACUGCAAUAUGUACAUAAAUAUUACCAGUCAUAUCUGCAUAGAAUUAAUACUGGGUGAUUCAUGGAAAACACAAUUAAUUUGCCAAUAUUUUCUUUCCAUUGUCUUGAUUUUUUACUCCAUGUGCACUGGUAACUAGAACAUUUGGUAGAACGUAAGCAUUUUUAACAGCUUUGAGUGCCCCGUCCUUCAAAAGAAUGGUGAGAGGUUGUCGUGAUGAUAGCAUCACACUGCUAUUGCUAGUGGUGACCCUUCAGAGAUGCCGACUCACGUAGGCCUCCGACAUUCUGCUGAGGAGAUUUCAUAGAAGAACAACAGGUUACACCCAAGUUAGAGAAUAGUGAUAAAAUAUCAUAGAAGUUCACAAAUGCAUCUCACUUUUCUUACUGUACAUUAUUACACUGGGGUGCAAAAAUGUUCAAUAUCACAAUAACGAUUAGCACCUGGUUUUCAUAAUUGUUUUAGUCUGUUUUCUAGAUUACUGAAAAAAUGGCUACAGUGUCUGACUUUAGCUUUAGGUGAGAAGGACACGACCUCUGUUAGAUAGAUGCACAGUAGGAGCCCCAUCACAGAAGGAACCAGCUUCUCUAGCUGCCCUCUAGUCACCUCCAACAUAGAAUCGAGAUUUCAGCCGAUACGAAGACUCACGCCUCCAACAGCGUCUGACGUUUCCGCUAGAAUCGGAAUCGAGCGUACGGACGAACAGCCCCUCCGGCAGAGACCUCUCCCCUUACACAUCUUCAUGUUUGUGUUUUGGCAUUUUUGCAUCAUGUUCAUUUGUAUUAUUUGCUCUGUACAUACAGCGUGUGACUUAUCACAUUCUCGAGACGUUGUCCCGCUAUAAAAAGUCAUAUCUAUGAAUUACUCAUUAUCUUAAUUUUGUAAAUAAACAAUGGGACCUACAUUUAAAAACUAGAGACUGUAAUUUGGGGCAGUAACUGCUAAGGUUGCAAUUGGAUUACAGGGACAUUGUGCACUUUAUAAUGUUUUUAACUCUCAAAAAUGAUUAGCCUUGGUUGAAGGCCUUCCACCACCCUUUCUGGAUCCUGGAUGAGGGCAUGUUUGUGAUGUAACUGCACUCUCUCACGUUUUCCACAAGCAGCUCUGCUAGUGUUCGGACAUUAUAACCAGUUUGAAAACUGAGUGAUUUCAGGCAAAAAUCUGGUUGGAAAUCAGAGACAGUCGCGCUGAGAACCUGUAAUCCACCGUCUUUGAGGGCGAGGAGUUGCUGGAGGGUCCGCUACCACCUCGAGGGUCAUUAUGUCAAGAAUUUAAUGGUUUCUCCAUCUUUCUAUCUCUGUUCUGUUGGUAUCUCCACAGUAGACCCUCCGGCAACCACUGCACAAUUACCAGCACUGGGAAACAGUAAAGUAGGGUUUUAAAAAAUAUUUCAUUAUUUCCAGUUGUCUUUGUGUGUGUGUGUGUGUGUGUCUGUAUAUAUACACACACACACACACACACAUACAUUCACACACCCUACAUGAAGGUAAGAGCUGCCAUUUCAUUGAAGCACUGUCCUUAUUAUAUCUGUAAUAUUUCGGUGCUCCACUCCUGUGACAUGACGAACCGCAAUUGUUUCUUCUCGUUAUUCUGUCGACACGCCGCUCUUGAGCCUUUAUAGCUUUCGGACCGUUAAUAAAAGCACACAAUGCUUAA